AUGCCUGACUCUAAGUACACUAUGCAAGGUUACAACCUUGUCAAACUAUUGAAAAGGUUAGAGGAAGCCACUGCUAGAUUGGAGGAUGUUACCAUCUAUCAAGAAGGCUACAUUCAGAAUAAAUUGGAGGCUUCUAAAGGUAGUGAGUCUUCCACUUCUGGGAAUGGUGCACCCUCUACGAAGAGCACUUCUUCGGAGGAAAUUCCUGAACCACAAGAAGAUCCAAAAUGCAUAACUACGUUCCAGGCUUAUAUCACUGAAAAUAUUGAUCCAUUGGUAGAAUUAUCAGGCAAGAUCGAUGCUGUGGUUUUGGACGCUGUAGAGUUGCUGAAGGGAGGCUUCCAAUCGCAAUUGGUGUUUUUAAGAGCCGCUGUGAAAUCUAAAAAACCAGAUUAUUCUUCUCAAACAUUCGCUGAUUCUUUGAGGCCUAUCAACGAGAACAUCAUAAAAAUGGGUCAAUUGAAAGAAUCGAAUCGUCAAAGUAAGUACUUCGCCUACUUGAGCGCUUUAUCUGAAGGUGCUCCUUUAUUCUCCUGGGUUGCAGUGGACACCCCGGUCUCCAUGGUCACGGAUUUCAAGGAUGCAGCGCAGUUCUGGACUAAUAGAAUUUUGAAGGAGUACAGGGAAUCCGACCCUAAUGCUAUUGAAUGGGUCAAACAUUUCUUGGCAUCGUUCGACAAUUUGAAAGCUUACAUCAAAGAGUACCACACCACUGGCGUUUCUUGGAAAAACGAUGGUAUGGAUUUUGCUGAUGCCAUGGCUCAAUCAACGAAAAACACACUAGCGAGAUCAGCGCCAGCUUCAACUGCUGCAUCAGCAAGUGGUUCAGUAGCCCCUGCUCCACCACCCCCACCACCGGCUCCUCCAGCCUCUGUAUUUGAAAUUUCUAACGAUGCUCCUUCAACUGCGGAUAAUGCUAACAAGGAUGGUAUUGGAGCUGUCUUUGCUGAAUUAAACCAAGGUGAAAACAUUACUAAAGGUUUAAAAAAGGUAGACAAAUCCCAACAAACUCACAAGAACCCUGAAUUGCGUCAACCCUCCGCCGUUUCUUCCACAGGAAACAAAUCUAGUCCACCACCCAGACCAAAGAAGCCAUCGACAUUAAAAAUUAAGAAACUUCCAAGAAAAGAAUUAGUAGGCAACAAGUGGUUUAUCGAAAACUAUGAAAAUGAAACCGAGUCCUUAGUUAUCGAGGCUCAGAAAGAUGAAUCUAUCUUUAUAGGAAGGUGUUCUCAAGUACUUGUUCAAAUAAAGGGAAAGGUCAACGCUAUUUCAUUGAGUGAAACUGAGUCCUGUAGUGUGGUUCUUGAUUCUAGCAUCUCCGGUAUGGAUGUCAUCAAGUCAAACAAGUUUGGCAUCCAAGUCAACCUCUCUUUACCUCAAAUUUCCAUCGAUAAAUCUGACGGUGGUAACAUCUACUUAUCUAAGGAAUCUUUAAACACUGAAAUUUACACCUCUUGCUCAACUGCUAUUAAUGUCAAUUUACCUAUCGGUGAAGACGAUGAUUAUGUGGAAUUUCCAAUCCCCGAACAAAUGAAGCAUAGCUUCACUGAUGGUAAAUUUAGAUCUGCCGUUUUUGAACACACCGGUUAA